UCCCAUCUAGCUAGCAGCUUCCCCGAGUCCCAGCUAGCCAGCAGCUCUCCUGAGUCCCAGCUUGCUGACAGUCCCCCUGAUUCCCAGCUAGCUGGUAGCCUCUCUACUGUCCCCGAGCUCUCUUGUGUCCCCAAGCUGCCCAGUGUCCCAGCAAUGCCCAGCACCUCUGUGACUUUGCCGGUCUCCGGCUCCCAUGAGUCCGCCUCUGGGACCGCCUCUGGGACUUUGUCGGCCUCUGGGACCACCUCCGGGACUUUGCCGGUCCCUGGCGCCCCUGGGACCACCCCUGGGAUUUUGCCGGUCUUCGGCGUCCCAGAGACCGCCCCUAAGACUAUGCCAGUCUCAGGCGCCCCCAAAUCCAUCCCUGUCACUGUGCCUGUCUCCAUCCCUGUCACUGUGCCUGUCUCCAUUCCUGUCACUGUGCCUGUCGUCAUCCCUGUCGCCGUCCCUGUCUCCAUUCCUGUGCGUGUCUCCAUCCCUGUCACCGUGCCCGUCUCCAUCCCGGUCACCGUGCCCAUCCUUGUCCUGGUCACCGUGCCCAUCCUUGUCCCUGUCACCGUGCCCAUCCUUGUCCCUGUCACCGUGCCCGUCUUUGUCCCCUUCACUAUCUGUGUCCCCAUUACUUUCCCUGCCCCUAAGCCUGAGUCUGUCCCGUCUGUCCCGUCUGAGUCCGUCCUGUCUGAGUCAGUCCUGUCUGAGUCCGAGUCAGUCCUGUCUGAGUCCGAGUCUGUCCUGUCCGCGUCUGUUUUGCCCCAGUCCGUCCCAUCCAUUUUGUUUUUUAGGGUCGUCUGGGAUCCGCCCCUUGAGGGGGGGGUUCUGUCAUGGUUUCGGUGUUUUGCCUUGCUUUUGGUUUAUGUCAUGUUUUCUGUCUGUGUUCCUGUUUCCUGUUUUAUUGUGAUAGUCUGGUUUGUCUUGUCCAAUUUACUUCCUGAGUUUUCCCGCCUUUGUUGAUUGUCCUGCCCCGCCCUGAUGUGUUUCACCUGAUGUUACCACCUGUUCCUUGUUUGCUCCCUACCUCAUGUAUUUAACCUCUGUGAAUCCCUUUGUGUCUUGUCGGAUCGUUUUGUGGCCAUGCCCUUGUGUUUCUUCCCUGUGCCUUGUGUCUGUUUUCUGUGUCAGUUUAUUAUUUUGUGAGUUUCCAGUCCCUGUACUGCCGCCUUUUGUUAUUAAAUUCCUGAGUACCACAACCUCCUGCCUGCCUGCCUGCUCUCUCUGCAUUUUGGGUCCUCAACGUCCCUUGCCCCGUAACAGUUUGGUCCACUCAAACUCUACGUCAACACAGCUGAAGACCUGUAGAUGAAAAACCAUCCAGGCCAGCAUAUUACUAUCUAUGACAUCCCCUCCCUGGUGGCAGCAACACUACACCUGGCGGCAACAAUAUCGAACCUGGUGGCUGGGUUCUACUGCACCGGGAUCUGCCCCCUAAAUCCUGAUGUGACAGGGUGAGGUUUGCCCUUUGCCCUCUUACCUGUGCACGGGAGUGCGCACCAGCACACCUGGGGCUCAUCCCCUUUGAUUGGUAACAGGUGGGGGCUCUAUUUAAGCCUGUGUGUAGACUCAUUCUUUUUCUGUCUUCUCCUGUUGGGUGUGGAGAUGUCUGGGCUGGUGUGCUGCAUGCUUUUUGCUGCUGCCAGAGGUUGUCAGUUUGCUGCAGAGUGAGCCGACUUUUUUGACUUUGUCCCUGUGUGGAUAGAUGAACACCUGGGCUGCUGGCGUUGGAUGCCUCGUUGUGUGCUGUGUGGUUGCGCGGAUUGCGCAGCCCCCCUGCUGGGGUCUGAAGGCGGCCUGUCCUGUAAAGUGCUGGACCGAGCUACAGCCUUGUGCCAUGCUGCGCAGGCUGCUGGGUGCUACAGCUAUCUAAGGGGCUAAAACUCGGCGCGUUUCUCCUCCCACUAUUGCUGUUCUGGAUACUGGUACAAAAAGUGUCUGAAUGUAUGGGACUAUUCUAGACGCACAGCGCUGGUUUGGAUCGACUGGCUUUGUGUUUGAACACCCAUUGGCUUUGUAAAUAUUUGUAUUAACGGUGUACAUAUUGCAUGUGGGUUUUUGUUCUUUUUCUUUUUGUUUUAUUUUGGUUCUUUAAUUACGCAUGCUGGUUUGUUGAUUUGAAUUGUGUUUUAUUUCUUUCCUAAUAUUCAA